AUGGAGAAACUUCCGUCAGGUACGAACCCUUCCACGGAUCUCGAAUGUGGGCCUGGGACCAGCUUCGUCAACAACCGGGAAUCGUCGCUUUCCUCUGGCCAUGGUGAUGAUAACGACGACCUCCGAAUUGAGCAAAUUUCAUCUACUGUCUCUCAGACGGAAACUGCUGCUGUCUCGGUCCAUAAAGAGGAAACUUUGAAUCGGGCACAUUCGGAUAUUCCCUGGAUGGGAAGCGUUCAAAAUUUCCUGCUUUUCUUUAUCGGGACAUUUUCCGGGCGUGCAACUGACGCUGGCUAUUUUAAAGCUGUAUGGACAGCUGAUGCAUUAAUUCUCACCACAGGAAUCUUCAUGACGUCGCUGACAAAGACAUAUUGGCAACUGCUCCUUUCCCAGGGGUUGUGCAUGGUUGCCUUGAUUUCCACGUAUUUCUCCUCGAAACGAGCAAUUGUUCUUGCAAUUGGUGUCACCGGCUCUGCGACUGGAGGACUUGUUUCCCCAGGGAUCAUACGGACGUUGCUCCCCCGCAUCGGCUAUGCUUGGGCGGUGCGAGUUUUUGGUUUUCUCACUCUAGCAUUCCUUCGACAACGAGUCCUACAUCGCAAGGGCGGACCAUUCAUCGAGUGGGCUGCCUUCAAGGAGAUCCAGUUUUCUCUAUUUGCAGUUGCCAUGUUCCUCAAUUUCUGGGGCAUUUAUAUUGCCUUCUUCUAUAUCAGUAGCUAUGGUCGCAAUGUGAUCGGUCUCUCAAAAGAGAAGUCAAUUGACCUCCUACUGAUCGUGAACGGUGUCGGCAUCGCUGGUCGACUUUUGCCCAAUUUUAUAUCCGACGAUAUAUCGUCGUUGUAUGCAUUAGCCAUUCUAAAUGGAUAUUUCGCAUCAGGGCUUCAAUCGUUGUUUCUAGCAACCUUGUCUUCCAUGUCGCCGGAUUUGAAGAAAACGGGCAUCCGCUUUGGAAUGAUUCUAAGCAUUGCUAGCUUUGCGUCAUUUACAGGACCGCCAAUAUCAGGAGCUUUGAUUCAUCUAAAAAACGGUAAAUAUUUGUACGCCCAGAUUUUCAGCGGCACAUCAAUGGCUAUGGUAGCCAUGGUAUUAAUUUGUGCGAGGAUCUCGGUGACAGGCCUGGUAAUGAAGGUAAAGAUCUAA